AUGGAAGCUGAAUUUCUUUACGGCUUUAGUGAUUGCGUAGAUGAUGAGCGUACACUAUUUUACUAUACAAACAAUGAAGGCAUGUGCUCUGUCAACACGACGGGCCAAGUGCUUGCUAAACCUCCCGUUCAUGGUCUUCGCUGUGACAUCCAUUGUGAUCAAGGCUACUACCUUGGUGCCAAUUUUUCCAACUUGGUACCCGUGUCUGCCUGUGAACGUUGUCCACAAGGAAAGUAUUCGCUUGGUGGAGGCAAAUUGUUCUCUCAACGUACCGAUGCAUGGACUUUGCCUCUCUCUGCAGAGCUCCAGACGGACUGUGUGACACAAGAUAUGUACACGGGACAAUGGAAACAUAAUUGUAAUCCAUGGGUGUCUUCCGCCGAUGGAUCGUACAUAUCAUCAGGUGAGAAUUCUCAAGUGAUGGAACAGUUUUCAGGUUUAAGGCUCUACUCAUCACUUCGAGUGAGUGCUACGUUUGUACGAAAUGGCUCCGUGACGUAUAAGUACCGCGUGGAUGCCGAAGAGCCAUAUGAUGGUUUGAUUUUCCAGAUUGAUCAAAAUCAAAGUGUCAAGUUAAUGUCGCAGUCGAAUGGUUGGAAAGAAAUGACCGUAAAAGUUCCAGUUGGUUCGCAUACAUUUGCAUGGAAUUACGUGAAGGAUUAUGUUGGUGAUGUUGGCGAGGACAAAGCUUUUCUUAAAGUUAUUGAAUUAGUGGGUACAGCCUGGUCUGAUCUGCGUUGUCAUACAUGUGGCGGCGAUAUGACCAACACUGGUGGAUCACUAUGCGCCUUUUGUGGUCCGAAUGAAUAUGCAGCGGCAAAGUCGAACAGCGAGCUCGAAUUCAAGUGUUACACGUGUCCCGACAAUACGUUUGCACCCAAAGGAUCAAUUGGAAUUUCAUCAUGUGUAGAGCAGCGUCCAUGCUCAAUGGAUGAUGUAAACGCGACAUACACAGCGUGUCAAAAUGGGACUCGAGACGUACAGUACUCGUGGAGUGAGCCACAAACGUGUGACGUGACGUUAAAUCAAAGCAUUGCCCUCCCCGCGCCCCAAAAUGGCGUUGAAUGCGCUAGUUGUGCACGUGGGUAUCAACUCACCGGAAAAGACGAAUGCGUAGCUUGUGGUGCGAAUAAAAUACUAAGUGCGUCUGAAGUUUGUACAGAAUGUCCUGCUGGCAAAGUUGUAGUGAAUGCGCUUGAGUUCAGCAAGGACACGCCGGAUGCGUGGGAUUCGUGGCCAUCAAUCUUCGACUCAGAAGCUUCAUCACAUGCGGGAUGGAAAUUGACAAAGAGCGGUUUACUGUUUGCGCAGCACACGACGAGUGACGAGGAAAAUGGAAACUGGAUUCGACCGAGUCAUUCGGCGCUUACUUUUAGUGUUCCAUUUGUGCAUUCUGGCUCGCUGAAUGUCACAUACACGCUGAACGGUUUGCCUACAUUUGGAGACGAUGGCUUUCGUGCGUGGGUUGAACUGGAAAUUCGCGAUUUGAAUGCUAGCAACAAGCAGAAGUAUGUCAGAGACAUUGUCAUUUCCAACUCGUCUGGUAGCAAAGAUGGUUCGAGUAAAACAAGUGAAGAUGAGAGCAUCGUACACUUGCUUCAUGGCGGUGAAAAUGGUACUUUUAGCGAAGUCAUACCGAUCAAUUUGACGACUGGUGUCACCAAAGAGUUUGCGUUUGUGGUACGUGCGACAACUCCAGAGGCCAAGCGUAGGAUUGAAGCUAAAGUGAUCUACCUUGGAUUUACCGGGACAAGGGACGGCGCUGGUGUAAGUUGUGACAGUUGUCCGGCUGGUUACCAUCCGAUUACUUCUGAAGACUAUGGAUGUCGCAUUUGUCCUGCCGGAACCUUUGCUAAAGUUGAUGAUGUGACUGGAGUCGUUGCGUGUUCUGAUUGUCCUGCGAAUACGUACUCAAAAGCGGGUGCGUCUGGCUGUAUACCAUGUGGUUCGAAUACAUACAGCAAAUCUGGUUCUGCGACCUGUGCUGCACCACAAGCGCUGACGCUGGACGCAGAUACCGUGAAAAUGUCGUCAUCGUCGUCAAUGGCGGAUGCCGUAUCUUCUGCGUUAGACGGUCUGCAAGUGACGUAUAAUUUGUCGCUUCUUGAGUCGCUUGUAUGGGGCAAUGAGAGCAGGUUUUUAGCUGAUAUUGUAUAUGGAAACACGACGAGUUUGCAGUCUAUUCAUCCGGUGAAUGCCCCCAUGGUUUUCCAGGCAGAUAUCGAAAAUUACUGGUUUACUGGUCUCUUCCGUCCACUUGGAACGGGAUGGUUGGAACAGGUUCCUGGGCAGAUUGUAGAUCAACAAGUUGACACAAACCAUGAAGUGGCUCACGUGGUGUUUGCCACAAUGACAAAUCCUCAAGACGCGGGAAAUUACUUUCAACAGAAUAGUGGUGUCUAUGGCAAUGUCUUGUGCUCUGCUCCAUCGCAAUGGAAACUCGUGAAUGGCGGUAGCCACAUGGAUAUUUUACCCUUAGAAUCUGGCGCAGGAGUCAAGGUUUCCUUCACGAAUGGAUCAUCUUGUGUAAACGGCAAGACCAUGACCACAAUCUUUCACUUUGAAUGUGAUCUCAACAGUGGUACUAUCACCAAACCGACAUCUGCUUCAAUUGAUGAUGAUGAUGAAUGCGAAUGGAAUAUUGUCUGGAAGACGGCGUACGCUUGUCCUGUGUGUGACGAUGACUAUUUCAGUGAAUUGCGCUCAACGUGUAAUGGUGGGGAGCAGUUGGUUUCGUAUGCUCGUAAAUUGGAAUGUUACGGUGGGUCUGAGUCAGCGAGCACUGAGACAAUUUCCACUUGUACUGAAAGCGCUGUGGUACUAGACACUAAAGCCCUAUACUCCGUAUAUGCUAUGAUUGUGGUGGUUGGCUUUAUUGUCUUGGUGCUGUUAAUGGGAAUUCUUAUCAUCCAUCGCAAGUACCGAAACGUCUACAACGAUUAUCUGUAUUUGAAAGGAAAAUUACCAACAGAGGAACGAAUGCAAGGUGAUGGGUCAAAAGAGACAACUUUUGAAUUUACACCAACAUCCAAUGCUCUUCAUAGCUCUCCAUUGGGUCUUGCAUCAUCUCGUGCUACUCCCGAGCGUGUUGAAGGAAUUUCGGAUGUUGAUUUGAACGAUGAGGGAAUUGAUCUCCAGCUGAAAAAUAUGCAAAGUGUAUAG